CCAAUGCACAGAGCUGCAGCGUUCACAAACCUGUCAGACUCACCAUGUUCAGAUCACACCAUCACAUCGUGCUCCUGCUGGUUUGCCUCUCCAGUUCAGGCCAGAGUCGGCCCCGUGUGGCCCACAAAGGCGCACCUGAUGUGGACUUCUCAGACAGCCGGAAGGUCCUGAUACUGGAGGCCGUGAAGAGUGGGAUCCUGAACUCUCUGGGCAUGGAGAGGACACCCAGGCCGGCUCAAAAGGCCUCGGAGCAGGAGCUGAGGAGGAUGCAUGAGCUCUACAGGGAGAAACUAAGGGAGAUGAGUGGAAAUUCCAGCCAGAUUAUGAGAGAAACGAGGCGGUCAACUAUGUCAACAGUGCUUUUCCCAACUGCUGUGAGGAGCAUAAAGAUGCUUCGGAGAAGAGACUAUCAGCAGUCAGGUCGACACAUGCAGUGGUACAGAGCUGUUUUCCAUAAGAACCCAAACAUAAAAGCUGAAUUAACUCUAGUCCGAGCUGAACUGAAGAUUUCCAGGCAGAUUUUAGACGUGCCGGUUCAGACUGAGCUACAGCAAGAGGUUAAAGUUAGAGUCAGCGGGAUGAAGCGUGUUAAAUCUGCAGUUUGGACACAGCUGGAAGGCAACGCUUCAUCGACUCAAAAUGUAGUUUUAGACGUUAGCUCUGAGGUGGAGAAGUGGUUGAGGGCAGAUGACGAUCGGUCGCUGGUGGUGGACGUGGGAGAAACAGCAGAACCAAGAUCACAUCUCGAAUUUUCCCUCGAAUUAGUCUUCACAGAGUCCAAACCUCAAAAAACAAGGACGACGCGCUCUAACAAAGAAGACGCCUGUGAUGAGGAAGGACUGUGCUGCCGUCAGUCUGUCAUUGUGUCAUUUAAGGACAUCGGCUGGACAGACUGGGUGGUGGCACCCACAGAGUACACCAUGCACUUCUGUGACGGCGCCUGUCCUCACAACUACAAGCCGGCGAGUAUGCACACGCAGGUGAAGUCUCGGCUGCAUCAGCUCUCAAAAGGAGGGCUGCCUCACCCCUGCUGCGUGCCGGCCGCCUACGAACCCAUGGUCCUCAUGCACUAUGACAGUAGGGGAAAGUUGAAGCUGACACCUUUUGAUGACAUGAUCGUCAGUAAAUGUUACUGCGCUUAACGGACCACGGCCACGACAUACAGUGCAAUUAACCUUUGACCCCGACUACUGGAUCAGCAUUGGCAAUAGAUAAAGUAUGUUACAAGAUAUCACAUUGCUCAUUGGUUAUCUAAUCUAAAUUAAAAUUGCAGUAACGCACUACUGCUUUAUUCUGAAGAUGAAGUUACUGCCUGGUAGAGCCACUGUGUGAAUCCAACAGUAGAUCUGUGGAUUAAUAUCACUGACUUUUAUUUAUUUGAAAUUCUAUUUAUGGUCAUUUAUGUUGUUUUAUGUUACAGCGUAUUGCUUAUUUAAUUUUAUUGCUGUUUAUCAUUUUACAUAUUGUGUUGUUUUUGUGAACAGUGGUUUAUAGAAGACAUGUGUCAUACAUUUCAAUAAAUUAUAUGAACA